CACCUUGCGCCUGCGCACUGCCGCUGGAGGGCCUUUCCCAGCGCCUCCACCCAGCUCCUAAACUCCUGAAACUGUCGCGACGCCCUGGGCAGACAGACUCUCCGGUUUGGGAGUGGUCGGAUGCAAAAGAAUGUAAAGUGUUUUCUGAGCGGUUCCAUCCCCUGCCCCACCGCAUUGGAAGGCAAAGGCCGGGCAAGGAGUGAGCUCUACGCACGCGCAGCGCGGCCACGUGGAGCCGGUGCCGGGGCAGACUGAAAGCACAAAGUCUUAAUCACUGGACUGCUGGGGAUGUCCCUCCCUGUUGUUUGAAUUCGGAGGCACGUGAACUGUAGCUUGUGUGAAGCGAAAGCUCUGGUAGAUCACCGUAUUUGCUCCAUGGUCACUGAAUUCCCUCUUCCUGACCACCUUCAACCUGGUGCCAGCCUCUGCCAGUCACGUCACUGGAUUUGGAUGAGCAGCCUCCAGCUUGGGUUUUGACAGUGAUGGAGUAGACGUCACACCAUCCGGAAGCAACAUAUCUAACCAGAGCAGAAAUGCAUUGACUUCACAGAGGAAGGGGAAAAAAAAAGGUCCAAACUGGAUCAAGCCAAACAAUCAAGGCUUGGAGCAAUAAUCAACAGAUUUCAAAGUGUGCUCGAGGCUGAUCAGAGGUUUUAUAUCCAAAGAGGUAUUGAAUUUGGCACUGGCCAGAAAGUUCCUGAGAGCAGCAAUUUUGUACCAUUUCCUCAACAAAUGGAGAGCAGAGACAAAGCUGAGACAAUCAGGAAUGAAAAAGUUGUGAACUGCUUAUACCAGAAUCGUAAUGCACUUUUUAGGCUGGUUUGCUUUCCUUGGGGAGGAGGUGGCUCCAAUUUCUUUGCCAAAUGGGGCCAAGAUAUUCCUAAUUCCGUGGAAGUGCAUGCCAUACGGCUUGCUGGGAGAGAAAGUCGGCUUGACGAACCUUUUGCAAGUGACAUGCAUCAGGUGGUUGAUGAAAUUGCCUGUGCCCUACUGCCGAUCAUCCAGGGUGAAAAUUUUGCAUUUUUUGGUCACAGUAUGGGAUCUUAUAUUGCUUUUUUUACUGCACUACAUCUGAAAGAAAAAUAUAAUCUAGAACCAGAACAUUUAUUUGUGUCAAGUGCAAGCCCUCCUCAUGCCCGACUUCCUUUCCUCAAAGAUGAUAUGUGUGUCGAACAAAUUGCCUUUUUACUGAAGGAAAUGGGAGGCAUUCGUGACGAUUUUGUUGGUGAUGAGGAACAGAGUCAAGAAUCCUUUACCAAAGUGUUAGCAGAUCUUCACAUUUUGAAAGAUGUCAUCCUGGAAAGAUGUAACCAGUGGAAAUUUUGACAGUUUUGUGCUUCCAGGACACCACUUCUAUCUUCUGGAACCUUCCAACACAAGCUUCAUCAAGAAAUACAUAACCAAGUCUCUAGAAAUAUCAGCGCUUGCCUCUUGACAGAUACCUCCCCUUCUUGGUCUUAAAACAGUCCCAUUGAUCAUGUGAUACUCUUCUUCGGUGUUUCAGAGUAGCUUAGGAGUUUGUUUCAGAGAUUGGAAAAUGAUCAAUUUGCUGCUGUCAGGGUGAUGUGUUAUCUACAAAUGUAUUUCCCCACAGAGCAUUUACAUAUCUGGGGGAUGCAAGAUGAAUGGGUCAAGAAUACUUUCGGGAGGGUCUUUCUUCUUUGUAUUAGAAUCGCAUUUGGGUCUCAUCUGUGGAAGGUUUGUCAAUGAAGUUCCUGCUUGGUCAAUGAUUCGUUUCUUCCUUUCGGUUAUUCUGACAGUGAAAAUCACAGACAGGGGAAGUGCUUGAAAUGAAAUGACUGUUUCAUUAACACACUGGGGCCCAAAGCCUGAUCUCAUCUUUUGAAAUAUAGGGUUGCCCCAAUCAAUGAGGAAAUGUUAAAAUAAGACAGCCCUGAAUAAUCAUUGCUGCCUGUCCUGGCAAGUCCCCGGAAUGCCCGUAGCCCUCUUAGGUUCUCUUCUAAGGGGUUCCUCCGACCUGGACUGCUUGCUGUCUGUGUGUGUUCCCGCUGCUGUUCAGGCAAUGACCAACUGGGACUCAGGGUGACUGUCCGGAGUCUAGUCCUCGGUGUACAGAGGGCCAGGCACAAAUGCCAGACCCAGCAGGCUGCCUCAGCUUCAUGUGUGAUCAUCUGAACCAGACAGAGAAAGCAAGCACACCAGUUGGAAACAUACAGGAAAGAAAAGGGAAAAAAUUAAGUAGGAGACUGAUCUGAGUCAGAGCAACGGCAGACCACCACUGGUAGGAUUCACAGAUGCCUACUGCCCGGGAUGGAGAGGCACCAUAUCCCCAGGGCUACGUGGGUCCUGCCAUCUCUGCCGAGGCCCAAACCGUGUUUGUCUCUUGGAAUCCUGGCUGUUUAACUGGCACCUUGAUUUGUUAUCUCCCUUGGUUCUUCACAAUAAAGCCCCUACUGCAUGCAA